GCCAAGUCCCACGCAGCAAAGCAUGGCUGCAAGAGUGUAAAGGUAUUGUGAAAGCGAUGAGCAAGCCGGCUUGAACGAAAUAACAUCGAUUUAUUGAGAACAUUUAGUCUUUGCAAUGGCACCCUUGACUAACAAGCAAGUUAGGCUUGCGACAGGAGCAGUUGCGGCCUUGGCUAGCGGUUAUAUACUAAAGAAACACGGCCCUGAAAUCUACCGGCAAAUUCAUGUAAAGCUCAGCUGCGUUUUCGGCGAGGAAUCUGACAGAGAACAGGUGGUCUUAAAACCUGAUGGCAGCGACAGUCAGGGAAGACACAAACGUCAGUUGAUUCCUGUUGAUAAGGAUUUCGUUCAUCAAAUCCUGAAGUUGUUACGAAUCGUGUUGCCUGGCCCUUUCAGUAAGCAAGCGGGGUUGUUGUUUGUGCAUUCAGGCUGCCUUAUCGCUCGUACCUUUCUGUCCAUUUACGUGGCGACGCUAGAUGGACGGGUCAUCAAGUCCAUUGUACAAAAGAACGUACCCAUGUUCAUUGUGCAGUUAUUGAAGUGGAUCGCCGUGGCGAUCCCGGCAACGUUCAUCAAUAGCAUGAUUCGAUUCCUUGAGAACCGAAUCGCCUUGUCUUUCCGGACAGAAUUAGUCAAUCACGCGUACGAGAAAUACUUCGCGAAUCAAACAUACUAUAAGGUUGGCAAUCUAGACAAUCGUUUGACAAACGCCGAUGAGUGUUUGACCGAGGAUAUCCGCAUGUUUUGCAACUCUAUUGCUCAUUUGUAUUCCCAUCUAACAAAGCCAUGUUUAGAUAUUGUUGUAAUUUGCUGGACCCUGGAUAGUAUGGCCCGCAAGCGAGGUGCUAGUUGGAAGUUGCCUCUUAGUAUAGCAGGGGUAGUGAUAUAUCUCACUGCAAUGAUUCUCCGUUCUAUGUCACCCAAGUUUGGUAGGAUGGCUGCAGAGGAGUCAAAGCGCAGAGGGCAGCUGAGGUUCUUGCACUCUAGAGUGAUUGCUAAUUCUGAGGAAAUUGCAUUCUAUGGAGGUCAUAAGGUUGAGCUGUCUUGGUUAAGGAAUAGCUUCCAGUCAUUAGCUAAGCAGAUGGAGAGGAUAUACUCCCAGCGACUUUGGUACAUCAUGCUGGAGCAGUUCCUGAUGAAGUAUGUGUGGAGUGCUGCUGGGCUUGUGAUGGUUGCUACCCAAAUCCUUGUCGGACAGGCUACCCCAGAGGAGCUUGAAUCAGGGGGUGAUAAUGGUGUCAGUUCAAGAGCUCAGCAGAUAACCACUUCCCGACAUCUUCUUGUCUCUGCUGCUGAUGCUAUUGAGAGAAUCAUGUCAUCCUAUAAAGAGAUAACAGAACUCAGUGGUUACACCCAGCGUGUCUUCGAGAUGCUGUCAGUGUUUGAAGAUCUGGAAAAGGGACAUUGUAUACGCUCAUCGACUGCUGAUCAAAGCAAAGAAAACCUGAACUCCCAUCAUGCCAAGGUUGGGCAAGUUGUCAAUCUGAAGCAGAUGCCUGGGGGUGCAGUUGAGGAUACAGAGGGAACAAUCACCCUUAGAGAUGUGGCAGUCAUCACUCCAUGCGGUGAUGUAGUGGUUUCUAGUUUGGCUUUUGAGAUGCAACCAGGUAUGCAUCUCCUAAUCACUGGACCCAAUGGGUGCGGCAAGAGCUCACUAUUUCGUAUUCUGAGUGGACUUUGGCCUGUAUACAAGGGGUAUCUAGCCAAGCCUCCGCCAAGCCACAUGUUCUACAUCCCUCAAAGGCCAUACAUGCCGAUUGGCUCGCUGCGAGACCAAGUGAUUUACCCUGACCGUGAAGAGGACAUGACAGCUAAGGGUCUGACAGACAAGGACCUUGAGGAGAUUCUCUCUACCGUCUACCUACAGAACAUCAUCAAGAGAGAAGGAGGUUGGGAUACAGUAAAGGAGUGGAAAGAUGUUUUCUCUGGAGGAGAAAAGCAAAGAAUGGGAAUGGCCAGGCUGUUUUAUCACAAACCUCAGUUUGCUCUUCUAGAUGAGUGUACCAGUGCCGUCAGUAUUGAUGUGGAAGGGAGCAUUUUCCAGGCAGCCAAAGAUAGUGGCAUCACUCUUCUCAGCAUCUCACACAGACCAUCAUUAUGGAAGUACCACACACACAUUCUUCAGUUUGAUGGUGAGGGUGGAUGGAAAUAUGAACAGCUCAACACAGCUACAAGGAUGAGUCUUAAUGAAGAGAAGCAAAAACUAGAAGCACAGUUAGCUGGAAUCCCUAAAGUACAGAACAGACUCACAGAGCUGUGCAACCUGCUUGGGGAAGAUUCUGUACUCUGUGUAAAAUAGUUGAACAAGCAUAAUUUUUGCCAUACUUAUGUUAUUAUAUAGCAAUGAGAAAAUUUAUAAAAAUAUAUAAUAUAAAAAUACUCUUGACAUAAGCAUGUCUGACUGCAGUAGACACAUUUUACAGGUAAUCAGAGAAAACUAUUUUUUCUCUUCCAAAGCAGAAAUUUGCUGUCUGGACCCAAGUUAGGCAACAAUCCAUCGUUGUGAAAUGGAAAGAUGUCUUCUCUGGAGAAGCCAGACAAAGAAAUAUAUAUCUAUAUAUCUAUAUAUAUAAUAUUAAAAAGAAGGUGUUUUAAAAAAUUUAUCAUAUUUUUUUAUUGGUGUCAUCGAUGGCAUUCCCAGCUAAUAGCUCUUACUAGUCCCUAUGAAAAAGGGAAUUGAAUACACCAAAUACUCUAUAUAUAAUGGAGAUAUCUUAUUAUUCCAAAAAAAAAAUACAAUAGUGUUAUGCUAAUUAAAUGAGAUGACUUUCUUCCUUUAAUUGGACUAUAUAUUACAUUUACACCUAAAUACAACACCAGUGCAAGGAAUGGCAAAGGAUAGCUCUAAGACCAUUUGCUGCUUAUGGGUUCUCAUUAUAAGAAAGAUUUUAAGUAAACAUUUCAUGAGUUAUCCGAUGUUUGUAUUCAAGAGAAAAAUCCCAUAGUAUUUUGCGAUGGCAGAACUGCUAUAUGGCAAUUGCCAUUUACCCUGACAAUUUAAAAUAAUGAUAAUAAUAAAAAUACAUUUAUUUGUAA